UCGAACCUCAGAAAGCGUAGAACCGGCUCCUUCAGAUAAAAAUAUUAUCCAUUGGAGUCGUGAACAGGUGCCUGUAGUCGUAGAAACCUCUUCUGGUGAAAAUGAUGUUGACAAUGAAGAUGAGGAUAAUUCAAAACUACAACGGAUCUUUAUGGUAAAUAGAUGGGUUCCCAAGCAUCAAGAAAAUAAUGAGAAAAAAGACAAUAGCCCUUCAAAAGCUCAAUGAACACAUCUAAUAUAUUUGGCAUCAAAAACCAUUAGAGUUGUAAGGUUACUUGACCCUUAGGAUGAAUAAUUGCAUGUGUUUCAGUAACUUCGUAUAAAACCUCGUUGUCAUCUUCUUCUGGAAGUUCAUGUCCACUUCGCUGCAAGAAGUGGUUAGGUCCCUUCGUCACUCUCAUGAAUCCAGUAAUUCGACGCGCAUUUCCACUUGUUAGUGGGCGACAAGAUAUGCAUCUAGUAGCUAAAUGACCAAUACUUUUAGCAAAAGAUACUUGACGAGGCAAAGGUGCUCCAACCGAUACGUUGACCACUGCCCGACCUGAUGUUUUUUGCAACUCAAAGACAGCCUCUUGCAAUUGAGUUGCUUGUAAAGAAUUUGUCGAUAAAAGUACAUCAAUGUCUUCAAUAAUAAGUAUAGAAUUUUUCGUAUCGAAUUCGUUUCGUUGUAGACAGUCAAUAACGGGAGCGAAUACUUGUUUGGGAUUGUUUUUCACAUCGUUCGCUUGGAUCUUAUUUGUAGAAAUGGCCGGAGCAAAAAGCAUACUAUAUCCAUCAACAUAAUAAAAAUUUGGUUUUGUCCUUACAUCGGUUCCCUGUACUUCAAGUUAGUAUGAUACCUUUCUUUCUUGGUACACAUGAUACUUGCCCAUUUUCGAAGAGCGUCUGUAUGUUCAUCUAAAGUUUUACUAAAGGAAACAAAACAAACUUUUAAGCCUUCUCGUAUGCAAUGAUUAAGAUAGUAGUGAAUCAAAAAGGUUACUGGUGUUUCCCUUGUCCCUACUAAUAACGUCAAGGAAAACGGCUCAGGAAUUGGUGGAAUGUGCUGCGCAAGAGAAGUCAUAAAGGUCGAUUUUUAUUCUUCUUAGGUAUUCGUUUCUUAUAGUAGAUUUCCAAUAGCCGGGGGAAAUGCACAGUGAGUGGUAGACGGUGGUGGUGCAAGACCUGGAUUGAAGCAAAUCCCUUGGAAGUAGAUAUGGAAGAAUGAGGCCUAUAAGAGAAAUUUUUAAGUUGUAAGUUAUAUAAAAGUCAUCGUUUUAAAACGAUACUGACUGAGAGGAAAUAUAUCUAAUAAUACACCUAGCUAUGGAUUAUAAAGCUUCAAAAUAAUAUGCUAAAACGAUUUAAAUCCCGUAUAAGAGAAACCGUUGGGUCGGCCUUCGUUAGUCUAUAAAAUAAAGGUGCUGAAACCCCUAUAUCCUGCAUAUAGGAAAAAAGAAAGGAUAAGAAGUAUUCUAUAUAGGAAUUGUAGUCUAAAAUUAAAACGGGUACUUGGUUUGUUCUAUGAAAUGCUAGCACACAAUUAUACCAUUUCUUUACGACGAGGGCGUACAUAACUGACGUUCUUGGGUCUACACAAAACUGUCAAAAAGUUAAUCCAUACGCUGUUAUGGUAAGGCCGAACGUCUUCGGUUUCAGUAUUUUUAGAACGCAAAAAUUCAUGAACAUUUUGACCGCAGCCGAUCAAGUAGCACUGAUAACCCAGAAGGAUCCCGGGAAAAAUGGAACCCAAUGCAGCAUAUAUUCCAAGAAAAAAAGAGACACCAGCCCAUGGCCUUUGCAAGUGUCUUGCAAAAUUUGUGUCAGAACCAUACCGAAAGCUUGCAAAUGCAAUAUAAAAACCCAGGACUGUCAAAUACAAAGCUUCAAAAAACAAAGAAAGCAAGAAAAUAAAAUAAUAUCGAUAAUUUCUUCUUCCAAUGCAGUUAUUUAGCCACGUACAAUGGUGAUCAAGGUAUUCAACACAAUUGUCACACAGAUGACAGUGACUAGCACGGGGUGGUCGAUAAAGACGGCACGUAUGACAAUAAACAGUUGUAAUUAAAAAAGCUGAAUCGGAACGAGUUGAUCCUACUAAGAGUCUCUUGUCUUCCGGAAUCACCGACCAAGGAUGGGUAGGGUCAUAUAUUAAAAUGUUGGAAUUUCGAGGAAGGAUUCCAGGGUCGGACGUUGAACACUUCAACAUGGAAAUUAUAACCAAUGCAUAGAUAUAGGAAAAUGUUAUGGGGAUAGCCGGUGAUACGUGAUGCCAUAACCAAAAGGCGCUAAAAAUGAAAAACAGCACGCCGGGAAGAACCAAGGCAGAUAAAGUCAUUGCAAAUGCUUUAAAUUGUGUCGACAUUUGAAGCCUCCCUCCUAAUAAAAAAACAUUGUUGCCUGGAAAGUGCUUGUAGCGUCUCUCGAUUUGAUGCACUUCUGAUCCAUGCAGUGCCUGCUCAGUAACAUUGGCUCUAGCUUCGUUUUUUUCAUCUUGAUUUAUAGGAUUGGUAGGAUCAGAAAGAGCUGAAUUAGUAGGAUUCCAGGGUUGUUUCCACGGGUAUCUCAAGGCAGUCUCUUUUGAGAGAUGACUAGGACUCAUACUUAGAGUUUACUCCAUACAAAUCAUUGUAGGAGAAGAUUUGGAUAAUAAUAUGAAAAGAGUUGUACUCUUGUGUGAAUACUGUUUUAUUGUCGCGAGUAUGGCGAUUCAAGUUGGUACCAACUUAAAAACACUGAAAUGCAAAUAGCCAAAUUUGUUUGUUUACACUUACGGAACACUACAGCAGUAAAACAAAAAAAAUAAAAUAAAAAACUUCAAUUGAUUAAUGAAAAGCUACAGGUUUAAAUUGAAGUUGUACGAUAUGGCGAUCUACUAAGGAUGUGUUAAUAUAACCACAACGAAAAAAAUAAAAUAAAAGAAAAGAACUCAAAGCUUUGAAAUGGGAUGAAACUAUUCAGUGCAAGUAAAUAAUGUAAAAGAACUAUUUAAUGGCCCUAAUAAAAAGAAUUCUGUAAAGGUUUUCCGUUUCGCUUUUGCCUAAGGCUUAAAUGAAGAGAAUGUAUGACUUAGGUCGACAGGAAACUGAGCAUCUAUUGGAUUACUUUUUUACGAUUUUUUAAAGAAUUAACCUUGAAGCCGCAUUCGCUGGCUGCAUCUUUGUUAGGAUAACCUAUUAUUUCAAGUCACGUCUAAUCUCGAGACGCAGGGUCCUUUCUCAAUCAACUUCUGAGUUAACCAUUUUACCAUUUAAUUUAUCAAACUACAUCAUCUUUGAGCGUUCUACAGUUGCUGUCGCCUCUUUUAAAUGGUUAUAUUGGUUUUCUAUGUGCAUAGGAAAUGAAACCCGCUGCAUACAAUGCUUCUAUGACUCAUUACGAAUAAUUAACUAUUUAACCGAAAGAAUUUGGCUCGUUACGUUAUGACUUGAAUGGAAUGGAUAAUUAAGCCUAUUAAGAACACUUCUUACUGUCACUAAGGGUUACAUCAGAGGUAAACUGUAUAUAUACGUUAUUCAGUUAACAGAGGAUAUAUCUGGAUUGAAAUGAUAUCCUAGAUAUUGUAGUUCUGGUUUGAUACAUUCCAUACGUACCAGAUGCGUAAGUGGCAACCAUAGUGACACUUACAACCCUUGAUGUCUAUUUCAUCAUUCUUGAUUCAAAAGCAAGACAGCAGCUCUCGUUUUACAAUUCCAAGUGGUAUCAAUUAUUCGUGGACUGUUAGAGGUUUGGUGUUUCCAUUAAUUCCCAAUUAUACCAAAACUUGCAUUUUGAAGAAAGAAGUAUAUCAUCAUUGAAAGCAUUUUUCCGUUAGGUCCAAAAACAAAUUAGUACAAUGGCUGUGUUGAGAAGCCUCAUGUCGAACCGGUAUGUCCGUUGGACAAGACAAUACCCUGAACUAUUUAUUACAUGGUGUGUCAUGACUUAUACCUUUGGAGUUGCUGGCUACAUGCUUGGCCAAAGAGGAAUGUUGAUUGAACAUGAUACCCAGGUCCGCAUUCCUCGAGAGAAAGCUCAUCCCUGGGAGGAUUCAGAUGAAGAUCAUGGAAAUAAUCUCCUAUAUGGUUACAAGUACUUCCCCAGAGGUGAUACAUCUAAGGAACCAAAGAAGUCUCCCUCGCCAAUCCAGUACAGUACGGUGACUACCAAGGGAAUACCUCAAAAUCUGUUGGAACGCUUUUCAAAAUAACGGAAGAUACUUCGGAAGAGUUAUCGAUAGUUUGAACCUUUAUGUAACUCCCUUUAUGAUACUGUUUUGAUUAUUAUGAACGAACUCCCUAUACCUAAGAAUUUGCUUAUGAUUAAAACGAAACGAACAAUAUUUAUAGCUUAAAUGACUUUAUUAUUUUUAAUGAACAAUAUAUUAAUGCUUUUGAUUAAUCCUAUUGUGGCUUUAAUCUAGUAAUUGCUUUCUUUUUUCC